CAACAUGCCAUAGAAAAGGAGCGGUAUGUGUUCUCUAUGGGAGGGGACACUGCAGCAUAGUUAGCCUGCUUUUCUUCUUAUAGCAGAGACAAGCCAGGGGCAACAGGUGUGCCGACAUCAGCAGGCUGUUGUGUCCAACAGUCCUCUGUUUGUAUUCCACUUCCCCUUCUUCUCCUCCACCCAUCACCCAGCUAUGUCGGGAGACACUCUGCAGCGUCUCAGCACCUUGACCCUAAGCAUCAAACACCUCAGCCGCCUGCCCCACUUCUCAGACCUCAUUCCUCCCUGCCUUCCGUCGCCCAGCCCCACUGUCGCUGCCUCCCAGGUCCCUAUUCUUUUCCGAGAGCCCUACAUCCUGUCGGGCUACCGUCCUGUCCAGCAGCACUGGCACUUCUACCUCCUCAGCCUCUUUCAAAGACAUAAUGAAUCCUUAAAUGUGUGGACCCACUUGUUGGCAGGUCCUGUGCUGCUGCUCCGCUGGUGGGCCAACAUAGGUGCCCUGGGGUACACCUUGGACACAGCCUCUCUACCUCUGAGCCUUUUCCUGGUGUCCUCCCUCACCUAUCUGUUCUUUAGUGUGGUAGCUCACCUCUUGCAGUCUCACUCUGAACAUGCACACUACUUCUUCUUCUUCAUUGACUAUGUUGGUGUAGCUGUGUAUCAGUAUGGUUGCUCACUUGGCCAUUAUUUCUACACGUCAGAGGCAGCAUGGAGAGAAAGCUGCAUCGGGCUCCUGUUCCUACCUGGAGCUGCCUUCUUCGGGUGGCUCUCCUGUGCAGGCUGCUGCUUUGCUAAGGCCAGGUAUCGGCGGCCAUAUCCAAUACGGCGUAAAAUCUGUCAACUGAUCCCUACCACCCUAGCAUACAUACUGGGCAUCAGCCCAGUAGUCCAUCGCCUGUUCACUGUCUCCUGGACACAGGAUACCUCACUCUCCUUCCAUGCUCUCCAGAUUGCCUCUUUCCUUCUGUCCGCCCUGUUCUUCUCCUGUCCCAUCCCUGAGCGCUUCUUCCCUGGCCGCUGUGACUUUUUGGGUCAGGGUCACCAGAUCUUCCACCUGUUUCUGUCCCUGUGCACCAUGUUCCAGCUGGAGGCUCUGUUCCAGGACUAUGCCAGGCAGAGAGAUACAGUGAUGGAGUUAUUUGGAGAGAGGCAGCUGUGGUGGGCUUGUGUAUCCUUCCCCGCCCUGUUCUUGUGUUGUAUCCUGACGGCACUCACUACAAUGAAGUACAUCACAAAGCAACUGCAGGGUAAACAAGAAAAAGACAAGUGACAAGAGUUUGUUAAUGUGUGUGUCUGAGAGACAAAGAUAGAAAGGGGUUGGGUUUAAAUGUACCUAACAGAAAUAUUAAUAACAAUGAUAAUAAUAAUAAAAAAAAGCCAUAUUUUCCUUUUUUUUUGUUUACCUAUCAGUUUGUCUGUGAAAAAUGUGA